AACUUGGCAAAGCCAAGCGAAAUUAAACCAUCUGAAACUAAACGGUACCAACGAAACAGGGAACUGAAAAGGUGGUACAUGUGCCUUUGUCGAACCCAUCAAGAUCAAGACAGAACUUUAUAGGGGAGGAGUGGUAGGGGCAGAGAUACCACGUAGUGUCUUCGGUGUGUCACGCCCAUACAUUCACUCCUGAUCGUUGCAUGAAUGACCUUGAUGGCUCAGGAACGUAUAAACUCCCCCGCCAGUCAAAUUGAACAACUCAUAUGCACUUCUCUGUCAUGAUAGCGAACGCAUGGGAGAAUCAGCGAGGCCAGCACGACCGUACCAGCGAUAAUCAUCUCUCUCAGAUCGCAGAUUCUCAAAUUUCCUUUUGCGUGGGUACGUUUUGACAAAGGAACCCGGAAAACGCUGUGGAACUUUCUCCUCAAUUCAAGGCUCCCGUUUUCCGCCUGAUCCUUUGUUUGACCCUUUUGGAUCUUUUAAGUACAUGACGAAGGACUCUCGACAAGAAACCGGUAUUUCCUAGGUAAAGCAAACCUGCUGGAUCAGCAGGUAUUAAAAGAUGACCAGUAUAUACGACAACACCGUGUGUGACGUAAAGAGACAAAUGUCCAAGCACCAGCUAUUACGAAACUCUGCCGGGCGAGUCAAUUCUCGCCUGAGGACAAAAACGCACCCGUUUUAUUACACCGACUGGGAAGAUGUACUCAAGAGAGAGUGGAACAAAAGAGCACCGCCACUGUCGCCGCUGGAAUGGAAGAAGAAACACGCCAAAAAUAUGAACGCCGAUGAUUGCUGCGAGUUUCUGAUGGGACGAAGGUGUGGGAGGAGACGAAGACUGCUUUUUCGCAGUGGUUAUUAUUUAACAAUUCAACCGGAUGGCAGCGUUAAAGGAACGAAGCAGAAAGAUUCCCCUUACGCUAUUGUAGAGAUCUGCUCAGUGGGAGCCGGCUUGGUAAAAAUUGCAGGAGUAGAAACCGAGUUUUUCCUCACCAUUGAUGAUUCUGGAGUUCUUCGCGCUACGGACGCAGACAGUGAGGAGUGUGUUUUUGAGGAAGCAAUGGUCAAGGACUUUUUCAGCGCUUACAAGUCCUACGCGUAUUCAAACGAGCACUGGACAGUGGCAAUAAGCGAUGAGGACGGCCGGGCGUACUCUGCCCGUUGCCAGGGACCUCUCGAUUCGGAUCUUCAUGCACAUUCAUUACCUGAAAUGGUACCGGACAGUGACUCGUCAUCUGACGAGGACUCGACGCCAGACAAUGAAACGUCACGCUAUUGCGAGGCAGAUACGUCACGCUAUCUUGGAAUGGACGCGUCGCGCUUUCUCGAAACGCAGACAUCACGCCUCAUCGAUCUCCUUAAUUUUGAUUUGGAAGUUUGUUUGAUGGCGGAGUUGAAAGAAGAAGACGCGAAGAAUGUUGUCGCCUUUCCAGACAGUAACACUGACAUUGGACCUUCGCUAUCGGAGAUUCUUCGGGAAUUGGGGACAAAUCUAUAGGGAAACGCGAAACUCUAAUCCUUCUACCAAUUUGCGACAAAUGAUUAAGCUUCUCGUUUUAGAGUAGCUGUCAGUCUCUUAAUUUACGAA